UAAGUGCUGUAAUUGACGCCUGACGUUGACCAAUGGCAAAUCAGGUUAGAAUCUGUUUGGUCGCAGCUGUCCAAUCAACGCUUAGAUCCCGCCCCUCCUCUGGAGCGUGUGGAGUGUUGGUUUGACGGUCUGGUUCUUACGCCGGUUUGUAUAUAAGCAAGCGAGUAAAGAUUUACGACAUUUCUUCUCUUAUUGACGUAACGACUUCCCAAACACAAUGAACAAUUUAAUUAGAGCCACUGCGAGGUGUUUGCGGUCGGGGGCGGCGGUCUAUCUGCCGAGGCAGACCGACGGACGCGUGUGGUCGGCGGCCUCGGCCCGGUUCCUGUGCUCGGCGGUGGAUAUCCAGAAAGACCUUGGUGAGAUGGUGAAGAAGGACAAAGUUGUGGUGUUCAUGAAGGGGACGCCGGCGCAGCCCAUGUGUGGCUUCAGUAACGCUGUAGUACAGAUCCUACGGAUGCACGGGGUGGACGAAUAUGCUGCGUACAACGUGUUGGAGGACCAGGACCUGAGACAAGGAGUCAAGGACUUCUCCAACUGGCCCACAAUCCCUCAAGUGUACUUCAACGGCGAGUUUGUGGGAGGAUGCGACAUCCUGCUCCAGAUGCACCAGAACGGAGAUCUGGUGGAGGAGUUACAGAAGCUGGGAAUCAGCUCUGCACUGCAGAAUGCUGAGAAAGAAUCCAAGUAGAGAAAGAUGAUAAACUUCCAAACAGUUGAGAAGACAAAGGACACGUUUUUCAGGUCGCACCGCUCCCCCCUCACCUCUACUCACACACUCAGAUAUCAUCAGAUAAAUCUACUCUUUAGGCAGCCGUGGACAAAAUUGACUUCUGUCCAAUAAGGAACCGCAAGCAUACCGAUGAAGGUGACAAGUGUAAACAGGUUUGGUAGCAGCACUGUAUCUGAGUCAUGGACAUUUCCAUUCAAUAUCUGUAAACCUCUUCAAACAAGAUACAGAGCUUCUGCUGCACUGCUUGUACUUGAUUCAGGUCCUCUAAGUUUGUACCUGACAGGCAAGGAUGUGAAUCUAGGAAUCAAAAAGAGACAGUGUUUUCACUGAGAUCCAAAAUCAGUUUUACCGAACCCUCUAAUCCACAUUUUUAAGCUUCUCUUUAUAGCUGCAAUAGCAUUUUUUGGCCAUUUGGGGGCAGCAGAAACAAGAUGCAAAUACAACACCGACGCAGAGUAUAUGCAUGUAAAGAUGAUAUGGUGAACACGUUAGCAACUUUAUGGCAACCUGGUGAAUGUAGUACGGAGAAGUUCCUGAGAAAAAUGCCUGUUUAGCUACUUAAAUGCUCCACUGUGUUCACCAGCUAGUCACUAACCUAGUCUGUCUGCCCUUUGGUGCUGGGCGGGUAGCACACACUGUGUUUAUUAGAGCUCUUUUUUUGCUCACAACAGCUGCCUCCUGUAGCCAAAAACAAGUGAACCAAAAUAGCUAAGUUACAGGCCAGAAAACCAAAACAAUGAGCUGAAAGAUGCUAGAACGUUGCGGCUGAAGAAAACUGUCCACUGAUUACAGCAGCUUUAAUAUUUCUUAUGAUUAAACACACGGAGGAAAACUUUGAUCUCUACACUCUAGUUUCUACGUUUUAAUACUUUUCUAUCACAUCUCGAUGCACGAGUAUUCUUGUGUUAAAUGUUAAAAAAUGUUGUUUGAAUCACAGGCUCCAUGUGAACUAGUAGUAAAACUAGUAGAACUAGUAAUGAACAUCCACUGCUCGAGAAAUCCUUUCACGUCGAGGUUGGACUUCUACUGCCGCAGAGAGACUGUCAGGUUUCCUUCCUGUGUCUUAAUUUACACAAGAAUGCCACUAAUCUCUAUCAUGUCAUCAGCCCUCUGAAAGCCCUGCUACCUCUACGGUCCUUUUUUUCCUCACAAUCAGUCUGUUGCAGACAAAACGAGCCUCAGGGUGCACCAAGACCAAAUUAAGAUCUUCGAAACGCUGCUUGGUUCGCACCAGGAAAAGAUGUCAUGCUAGAAACCUUCCAAAUUGCACUGCCUGAAAUUGGAGUAAACUAUAAAGAAGAACAAAGAGAGGACAAAACUGAUGUUUAUACGUUUUAGGGAUUAAUACUGGGAGGGACUGAUGUAAUAUACAGAUGUUUCAGUUUAGACUGCUCAAUUGCAUCUGUUUGAUGAAUUUUGUUUCUGUAGCAGAGGUGACUACAGACAUGGACAGACCCAUCACACACACACACUGUCAGCAUGCCUUUGAUUGAACCAACACCUUUGUUCUCAUUUGUUCUUCAGCCACGAGCCAUAUAUCACACUUCCUCCUGUUUUAAUGUCUACACCCACUGAAACACAACACAUAUCAUCAUACCUUUUUCCUGAAGAUGACGACGCAUGUGGACAAACAAAUGUUUAAAAGUUUGUUGCGUCUGUCCAGCUCUGUGCUUAUUUUGUCUCUGAAGGAAGUUGUUUGUCUUUUGAGAGGUUGGGGGUGGUGUUUUUGUUGAGUUUUCUCACUGAAUCCCUUACAUUUAUCAGUCCUAGAUGUUCUUCCUGCUGCACACAGUUGUAUUAUCAAAGCAAUGGUCAUGUAGUACACUGUAAGAUAUUGUACAUGGAGAGCACAUUAUUAAAUGUAUUUUAGCUGCUUGUAAACCCUGCAACAAUUAAAUAUUUUGACACAAA